AUGAGUGCUGACUCAACUGAUAUACGUUUUCAAACGGUUACGAAUGAUUUUAUCAAUGAUUUAAAAAGUUUAUCUUUACGUCAAACAGUAAAUCAAUAUUCUAAUACAAUUGAACAUUUAAUUAUUCAAUUAAAAAAUGCAACACCAAAUGGUUUAACGGAAAAUAAACCAUUUGGUCUUGCUAUUGUUGAUAAUUUCUAUCGAAUAAUUCCAAUUUUUGAUAAAAAAUUAUUGGAUAACAAUGAAAAUUCUUAUCAAACAAAUUUGUUUUUAGAAGCAUUAUCUAAUACAUUUCGUGGUUUCUGUUUAUUGGAUUUAUUUCUUGCAAUUAAAGAUUCAUAUUGUCUUGAAGUUGCUUUUCAUAAUUAUAUUCCUUUACUUCAACAAAAUUACUUUACACAUGACAAUACAUAUGAUCAUCUUAUUAAUUGUUUAUUACCUAUUAUUGCAUAUUCAAGUCCAUUCAUUACAAUUAAUGAAGCCGAUUUACCAUCAAAUCUUCUUUCAUAUUUACUUGAAUUUACUACAAAAAAUUGGCAAUAUGAACAAAGAAUUCAAGUUAUUAAUAAUAUUCUUAGUUUAAUAAAAGUAUUUAGUAGAACACCAACAUUAGUACCAAUAAUAAUUCAUUCUGAAUGGCCAAAUGCAUGUAUUCAAUGGUUAAAAAAAACUGGCUCAAGACCACCAUAUGCAACUGAUAUUUUAAUUAAUCUUAUUUUACAAAAACUUGCUCGACAUUCAAUUGCUGUUGAAGUAUUAAAUCAAUUAAAUUGUACUAACGCUCUAAUUGAAAGUGAUGAACAAAUGAAAAAAGAUCAUAAUGAAGAAGAUUAUUCAUGUAUUCAUUUUAUUCAAUGUAUUACUCAUGCUUUACUUAUAGAAGCUGAUGUAAUAAAACAAAAAUCUAUCUUACAUGAUGGACUAAUGUGUCAUGUACUUGAACAAAUUACUUCAUUUAUAAUUUCUUCUGCACAAAAUAGUUUAUUUUCUUAUAAAUGUUGUCAUUUAUCAGAAAUUUUAUGUGCAUUAAGUAAAUUAUUUGUUAAUGAUGAUAUACUUAUAAAAUGUUUAAAUGAAAAUAAUCAAUUAUUAGAUUGUUUAUGUCAAUUAGUUCUUCAAUAUUCAAUGAAUACGAGUAAUAUAACACGAAUUCAUCAACUACUUAAUAAUGAAACAUUAAUAGCAUUAGCUAACCUUUUAUGGAGUAUAUCAUUUCAUCAAUCUUAUCAGGAAAAAUUAAAAUCAAAUAUAAAUCUUAUGCAUACACUAUCAAAUUUAGCUACAUCAUCAUUAUUAUAUACAAAUACACAAAUUAAAACAACUCCAUAUGAUGUAUGUUCUUUAAAAAAAGCAGCCGAAGGAAUUUUAUGGAAUUUAAACUUUUCACAUUUAACUAUAUCAAAAGAUAAAUCUGAACAUCAAUCACAUAUUAUGAUUAGUUAUUCACAUAAUGAUUCAAUAUUUUGUCGUGAACUUGUUGAACAUUUAUCUCAUCAUAUACCUGUUUGGGUUGAUUAUAAACAAGAACAUCUUAAUACUAUUCAUUCAGAUGAUCUUUGGGAAGAAAUUGCUGGUGCUAUGGAAACAGCUACUGUUAUUGUUUUAAUUAUAUCACAAGAAUAUUAUGAUUCAAAAUCAUGUAGACAAGAACUUUCUUAUGCUUGUGAUACACUAAAAAAACGUAUUGUGCCUGUAUAUGCUCCAAAUCAAAAGUAUAAAGCCACUGGUUGGCUUGGAAUUCGCAUAGCUGGACAAAAAUAUGUUCAUUUCGGACGAACAAAUUUUACAAAUGCUCUUGAUGAACUUCUGUCUGUUUUGAUUGUGGAUCAAAAGUCUAUGGCAAUACAAAAGUCAUCCAACAAAGUGACUUCAACAAAAUUGAAUGAAGAAGAAAAUUCAUUAAAAAAUUGGACUUCGGAAGACAUUCGAAAAUGGUUUAAUGAUAAUCAUAUUCAUAGUGAUUUAAUUACACUUCUUGUCGAUGAAUUUCAUACUGGUACAGCUUUGAUUGUUUAUGCUCGUCAUUUAAAACAAUUUUAUCAAGAUGAAUAUAUACAAAUAUUAACAAGUUAUUAUAAAAUAUUUAAUGGUAAACGACUUCAAACACUUGAUUUUAUUACAUUUGUUGAUGCACUUUGGCGAUUACGUGAAGAAUAUGAUCCUCAAAGUAAGAUUGAAGAUGCUUUGGAUAAAUGUGGCAAAAAUCAAUUACAUUGUUCAAUAAAGAAUUCUAAUGAAGAAGCGACUUGUUUGUAA